AUGUUUACAAUUAUCGUACAUAUACAUGUUCCUAUUCAAGUUCCAAAACCUCUCUAAAACCUUAACUUCAUAACAAAGGUGAAUCAUCCCAACUACAUACUUCUAUAGUAUCAAAAGCGCAUGAAGACUGAUAUUAUUUCUGGAGAUAGGAGAUCACGCAAGAGGCGCGUUGGUGGAAGAGUUGAUUCAGUGGAAGACACACUUGAGAAGUGGAAGAAGUACAACAAGCAGCAAGAGCUUGGUGUUGGAGAGGAUGGGGUGGAAAAGAUUCACAAAGUUCCCGCGAAGGGCUCGAGAAAGGGGUGCAUGAGAGGUAAAGGCGGGCCUCAGAACUCUGAUUGCAAGUUCAGGGGCGUGAGGCAGAGGAUUUGGGGGAAGUGGGUUGCUGAGAUUCGCGAACCGAUCAACGGGAAACAUGCAGGUGAGAAGGCGAAUCGGCUCUGGCUUGGUACUUUCUCUACAGCUCAUGAAGCUGCUCUUGCUUAUGAUGAAGCAGCUAAGGCCAUGUAUGGCCCUUGUGCCCGGUUGAAUUUUCCGGAGUCAAGGCCUAAUGGAUCAUCAUCACCAAGUGGCUCUUCAGACACUUUGAGUGGUGGUGGUGAUCUUGCAAAAGCUGUGGAAUUGGAGGGGAAUCUUCAUCAGUCAAGUGGAGAAAAACUCAGAUUUUCUGCUGUUGGAGUGUUUGAUGAAAGUGCUGAGAGAAUGGUUCCUUCUGAAGCUUGUGUGUUUGAUGACUCGGUUGAGGACUCGAAGGAAGUGACGAAUGAUGAUUUCCAAUGUCGAACAAAUGAGAACUGUAAGAGUAUAACUCAGCAAGGGUCUCUCAAGAAUGCUAAGUAUGAAAUUUCUAGAGAUAAUGAUGGAAAAAAGAAGGAAUCAGAGGUGAAUUUGAAUAACUAUGUCUGGAAAAAUUUGCAGGAGGGGCCUGUGGUUGUAGCCAUGAAUUCAAGAGCUGGUUAUAGAUCAUGUGAUGCUACUGAACAUGAGAUUCUGGUGAAGAGUGAAGGAACCAAAGGAGAAUCAGUGGAGCCUUUGAAUUCCCUUGAGUUGAGCUGCAAUUACCACCACCUGCAUAAUAUGCUGCCAGAGAGAGAUCUAAGACCAAAUUCUGAGCAUUUUAACAGCAUCCAACGCGAGCCGAUUGCGAAGAAACACUGGAAGGAAGUGAUUUCUGAAAUCCUGGAACUUUGUUGCAGCAGCAAUAACUCAAAGAUAAGUGUUCAGUCACAAAAUGAGCCAUGUAUAAAUGAAAAUUUUGAUGAGAUGAAGACCGGGCUUAAGGGUUUGGAGUGCAAGAUGAGAGUCCAUUCUAUUGGUUUCAAGAAUGAGACACCAAUUGUAGAAGAUUCCAAUCAUUCCCUGCAGAGAAUUCAUCUGUUUGGUGGUGGUGGCACUGUUGGAUUAAAUGAGAGAAUGUCUCAAGCUGAGGAUUUGAGCACCAAUACUCGUCGAAUCUCAAGGUUGCAAGAGAAAGGAAAUUAUGGAAAUGCACUGCCCGGAUUUAGUUCCGGGCAGGGUAAGAAGCUGUGUGAUUUUUCUCAACAUCUUCAGAAAUUGGGUGAACAUUGGAAUAAUAAGCAGUUUGCAGACAUGGAAGUGAGUUAUGAUUAUAGUUUCUUAAGUCCUGAUUAUGAUUUUGGCUUAUUGGAGGAGAAGAAGUUACUAGAUGUGUGUUUUUCACAUCUAGGAUCUUAGAGUUCCUAGAAGUUUACACUGUUCUGUUUUUCACCUAGGUGGGUUGUUCACAUAUAGGAUCUUUUCUGUUUUUUCACUAUGGUGGGGUUAUUGCUGUUUUUUUCCCAACCUUAGUGAUCCAAUAAGGCCAUGUUUCCAUUCUCUUAUCCAUGUCUCAAUUACUACAUAUAUUCUAUUCUAAGAAUCUGCACUAAUGUCCAAGUUGAUGAAUUAUGAUA